AUGCCGCGAAGGGACCGAACCCGGAGCCCCUCUAAAGCCACGGCAGCGUCAGGGUGCAAACCCCAAAAUCUCUGUCCCCCCCCUCCUGCCUCUGCAGAGCAAAUCGUGGAGAAGGACGAGGGGCCGUAUUACACCCACCUGGGCUCGGGGCCCACCGUGGCGUCCAUCAGGGAGCUCAUGGAGGAGCGGUACGGCGAGAAGGGCAAGGCCAUCCGCAUCGAGAAGGUCAUCUACACGGGGAAGGAGGGCAAGAGCUCCCGGGGCUGCCCCAUCGCCAAGUGGGUGAUCCGGAGACACAACCAAGAGGAGAAGCUGCUGUGCCUGGUGCGACACCGGGCCGGCCACCACUGCCAGAACGCUGUCAUCAUCAUCCUGAUCCUGGCCUGGGAGGGCAUCCCCCGCACGCUGGGCGAUACGCUCUACCAGGAGCUCACCGACACCCUCACCAAAUACGGCAACCCCACCAGCCGCCGCUGCGGCUUGAACGACGACCGGACCUGCGCGUGCCAAGGCAAAGACCCCAACACCUGCGGCGCUUCCUUCUCCUUCGGCUGCUCUUGGAGCAUGUAUUUUAAUGGCUGCAAAUACGCCCGGAGCAAAACUCCCCGCAAGUUCAGGCUGGUGGGGGACAAUCCCAAAGAGGAAGAGCUGCUCCGGAAAAGCUUUCAGGACUUGGCCACCGAGGUUGCUCCGCUUUACAAGAGGCUGGCACCACAAGCCUACCAAAACCAGGUUACCAACGAGGACGUAGCGAUAGACUGCCGGCUGGGCUUGAAGGAGGGGAGGCCGUUCUCGGGAGUGACGGCGUGCAUGGACUUCUGCGCUCACGCUCACAAAGAUCAGCAUAACCUCUACAACGGCUGCACGGUGGUCUGCACGCUGACGAAGGAAGACAAUCGCGUGGUGGGGAAAAUCCCCGAAGAUGAGCAACUGCACGUCCUCCCCCUCUACAAGAUGUCCAGCACGGAUGAGUUCGGCAGCGAGGAGAACCAAAACGCCAAGGUGGGCAGCGGGGCCAUCCAGGUGCUCACGUCCUUCCCCCGCGAGGUCCGCAAGCUGCCCGAGCCCGCCAAGUCCUGCCGGCAGAGGCAGCUGGAGGCGAAGAAAGCCGCCGCGGAGAAGAAGAAGCUGCAGAAAGAGAAGCUGAUGACGCCGGAGAAGUUCAAGCAGGAAGCGCUUGAGCUCCCCAUGCUCCAGCAGAAUGCAGGUAUGGCGUUGAAAAGCGGGCUGCCCCCGCAGCCGCUGAAACCUUCCAUCAAGGUGGAGCCACAGAGCCAUUACAACGCCUUCAAGUACAACGGCAACGCGGUGGUGGAGAGCUACUCGGUGCUGGGCAGCUGCCGGCCCUCCGACCCGUACAGCAUGAACAGUGUUUACUCUUACCAUUCCUACUAUGCACAGCCCAAUCUGCCUUCCGUGAACGGGUUUCACUCCAAGUUUGCGCUUCCCUCCUUUGGGUAUUACGGCUUUUCCAGCAACCACGUGUUCCCCUCACAGUUUCUGAAUUACGGGGUGCCCGAGAGGAGCGGGAGCAGCUGGGUGAGCAACGGCUACGAGAAGAAGCCCGACGUCCCGGCGUUGCAGGAGAGCCUCAACCACACCUAUGGGAACUCCGAUUUCCCCGAGCCCAUCCCGCACAGCGUCCGGAGCAAAAACCAUCACCAGCGCACCUACGAGCGGGCGAACCGCUACGCCAGCCAGCAGAAGGCGGCGGCGGCCGGGGCGCACAGGACUAGCUCGGGCUCGGAGGAGACGCCGUCGUUUGCACAGAACUGUUUCAGCAGCCGGCCCAUCAAGCAGGAGCCUCCAGACCCUCCUGCCAUCGAGCCCCUUCCCGGCACGGUGGCCAUGCCCGGCGCUGGCUUAGCCCUGCCAGCCGUCCCGGCACGCAGCGGGGGGGCAGAGCAGCGGUGGAGCCCUUUCAAAGCGUCCCGGGGCAUGUCUUCCCCCGAGAGGACUAGCACGACGGAGGGCUCAUGGAGCGCCCUGGCGCUGGGUUCGGGCGGGCGGGAGAAGCCCAGUGCCUUCGACGCCGCCGCGCGCUUGCCGCCGCCGGAGAAGCAGUGGCCCAACGUGCUGGCAGGAGAGGCGGCGGCGCGUGGCUCGGGCUUGCUGCCGAAACCGUGGAGCCCCUGGGGCUGCGGCGCCAUGUACGAGAUUCACAUCGAGUCCGAGGAUUUCAGAGAGAAGCGAACGGUGCAGCAGCACCAGAUGGUUAAUCAGGCGCUGAGCGAGGAGAUCAAGAGCAUGCACGGGCUGCGCAUCUUCACCUCCACCCCCAAACCCUGA